AUGACUAGAAGAAAUUUGAAGAUAAUAGGAACCAUAAGAGAAAAUCGCACGUCAAAAUGUCCACUGGCAAAUAAAUCCCAGUUCAAGAAAAAAAGUAGAGGUUUUAUUGAAUACAAAACUAACGAAGAAAACACUGUAGUUGUUAAAUGGCAUGACAAUAACGUUGUCACUUUAGCAUCCAAUGCCUUGCCUGUUCACCCUACUCAUUCAGUUAGUCGUUAUUCUCUCAAAGAAAAAAAGAAAAUUAAGGUAGACCAACCUCAUAAUAUAUUUACUUAUAACAAAUAUAUGGGAGGCGUUGACAGGGCAGAUCAAAAUAUAAGUCUCUACAGAAUAGGUUUGAGAGGAAAGAAGUGGUACAUUCCUCUUAUAUUUCACAUGUUAGAUCUUGCGGUUCAAAAUGCAUGGCAACUUCACAGGGAACAAAAUGGAAAACUGGAUCAUCUAGGAUUUCGAAGGAGAAUAGUCAUGACCAUUUUAGAAGGAAACCAACGAAAAUUUGCGAAGAUAUCGAAGUUGUCACAAUCACAUAACUGA